ACAUCAAACCUGCAGCAGUGACGUGUGCAGCCACUUCCGGUCCUGCAGGAAAAACGCUCGUGAAGUUUGUGAACGGGGAUACGAGCACGAGAUGGGCUGAACAGAACCGCUUGAGCGAAAAUAAACCAACUUCUGGUAUCAGAGAGAGUGGGAAUGUGUAGUGUGACGAGAGGGGGACAUGCCUUACGUGGACCGGCAGAACCGCAUCUGCGGUUUCCUGGACAUUGAGGAUGUGGAGAACAGCGGAAAGUUCUUACGGCGGUAUUUCAUCUUGGACACGCAGCAGGGCAGUCUGGUCUGGUACAUGGACAACCCGCAGAACCUGCCUGUAGGUGCCAAACACGUGGGAUCUCUCAGUCUCGCUUAUAUAUCUAAAGUCAGUGAUGCCACCAAACUGAGGCCAAAGGCUGAGUACUGCUUUGUCAUUAAUGCAGGAAUGCGGAAGUACUUUCUGCAGGCUAAUGAUCAGCAGGAUCUAGUGGAUUGGGUCAACGCGCUCAACAACGCGACCAAAAUCACGGUUCCCAAGUCUUCAGAUGGAGUUCAUGCUGAGAGUCAGAAAUUGGCUUCUAAUGGCAACAAGACACAGGGCCCGUACAAAUUGGAGAUUAUUGCAGGAGUGGCUGUCCUCACACAGACACAGGAUGGAGAGGCGGGGCACGGAGUUGCGGGAGAGAAAGUGGCCUUGAGGAAGACUCCCAACCAGCCGCUGUAUUUACAAAGUAGAGCAGCGCAGAGUCAUACCGUGGUUAAAGCGGGAUACUGCGUCAAACAGGGUGCACUGAUGAAGAACUGGAAACGGAGGUAUUUCGUUCUGGAGCAGAACUCCAUGAGUUACUUCAAGUCUGAGCAGGAGAAGGAGCCUUUGCGGAUUAUUAUUCUGAAGGAGGUCCAUAAGGUUCAGGAAUGCAAACACAGUGAAAUAAUGAUGCGAGACAACCUCUUUGAAGUUGUUACAGCGUCCAGAACAUUUUAUAUCCAGGCUGAUAGCCCAGAGGAGAUGCACAGCUGGAUCAAAGCUAUUUCAGGAGCCAUAGUGGCUCAAAGGGGCCCGGGCCGAUCCGCAGCCUCUGAGCACAUUGUUGGCAGUUCCUGUUUCUACCGCCAGCACACGGGUCACAUCGGCCCCUGCGCGCCCAGCCCUGCCAUGUCAGGUCCCACGAGGGCUAGCAUGGGACAGCGAGCACUUCAUGAGCCUGCUGCCCCGCCCCCAUGCCCGCCUGUCACUGCAAGAAACCCGCCUCUCCAAGUGACUCAUGAAUCUCCGUGGCGUCGGCGCAGCAGCUUCGGGAUGUGUGAUGCGCCCUCGCUCCAACUCGACCUGGAUGGUGCUGAUCUGCCUGUCAGCGAAGUCUAGAAAUUAUAAACGUUAAAACUUUGACCUAGAGAUCCAUCUGGAUUCAAACUGACUGGACGUAACCUCACGACCAAACUCAGAAUUGUGAAAUUAACCAUAUUAAUUUACACUAGGGAGCGACACUACAACAAACAGACACCAAAGAUUCUUUAAAGUACCUCCAGACCUUCAAGUUUCUACUCGGCUUUUUUGUGUUGAUACAAGAGCAGAAAUGAAAGAUUAAAGGAACAUUUAAACUGAAAGCAGAAGAAACAGUAUACACUUUCUUAUGGUCAUGGACAUGUAAAAUGAAAAGACGUCUGGGAAUAUGUUGGAGGACUGUGACUAAAUGGAUGAUGAUUCCCCUGCUAACCACAGGCAGGAAGAGGUUGAUUUAGUGCUUGAGUCCAGAAAUUCCCAAAUGUUUCCUGAGCUUUUCUUGUUUUUUUUCCCCUGUAUAGAAUCCUAAUGGCUCUUCUGUGUACUGUUAAUGUGACUAAUCCUGUGGACUAAGCUGGGGUUUAUUUUGACUGAGUCUAUUUACCUAAUUUUUAUCUAAACGUAUACAUUUAUCUGGGUGAUUUUUUUGUAACUGUAGUACUUGUUUGUCUCCACUAGACAUUUGUGGAUAAAAUCCACUUUUUUAUAACUUAAUGGGCUGUAUACAGUAAGACUGAGUACAUUAUGCUGUGUAUUUGUCCCAGUUCCACGUUAUUUUAGUAGCCGUUUGCCAUUCAUUGUGUUUGUGUCGUGCGUGUUCCCUCUGCUUUCAAAUUUAUAAUUUUGUUGCCUUGUGUUAUUGGGAUUUAAAAAUGACUACUAUGACUGUUGACAAAAUACUUUUCAGUGUGUUUUUAUCUUUGCACUGUGAUCUGUUUUUCCCUGUAACCUGAGUUACCUUUUAAGGUCCUGAAGGGCUGUCUAAAACAGUCCUUGUGCCUUUUUUCAAAGAGGUCUUUAACCCUUUUCUUGUUUUGUGCUGUAACAGUUUUAAUUUUGGUUGUUUGAAAUAUUUAUUAUGAGACAGUGACAAAGCAAUAAACCAAGUUCAGUUGAUCGAGUUGAUUAACAUCACAUUCUGUACAGUUAUACACUACAUUCUUAUGUAGAGAAUGGUUAGGUUAUUGUUCGGGAAACUGUUCACAAUGCAAAAUACCACAGAACUUAUGCUUUAAGACAUCCUACUACAUAAUAAAAACCAAGGGCUCAAAUUAAAGCAUUUUAUUACACAAACUCAAACCCUUUGGGGUGGUUUCCCGGACAGGGUUUAUAGUCCCAGACUAACUUAAAUGUUAGAGGUGUCUUGAUCGAAAACAACUUACACUGACCUAUCUUAAAAUACAUCAGUGCGAUUGUUGUCUCAAGAUGCACACCAGUAAUGUUUUUUUGUAAAGUAUGUUUUUAAAAGCAACUUAAAUAUCCUAAUUUAACUAAGGUCUAGUCCUGGUUUAAGAUGAUCCCUGUCCGGGAAACCACCCCUUUAAGUGAUAUUCUUCCGUUUUAAAAUAUGUGUCCUGACAUGUAAACAAGACAAUAGGAUAUUAUAGUUGUCAGUAUAUCAUGUCUUUUCUGCACAACAGAAAUGGCACAGUAUAUAAUGUUCAAUCCGCAUCCUAUUUAAUAAUUGAAACUUUUGUUAGUGAAAACUAGACUCUAUUGCCCUCUGUUGGAAGUUGAAAGCAACUGUAGAUAUUCACCUCAACAGCCACAUCCAUUUAUGCUCAUUGACACUUAUUAAAA